UUUAUAUUUAUGUUUUUAAAUCCAAAGCUAUAAAUUGAAUAGCUAAAUACAAUUGAAUAAAAGAAAAUAAUUAAAAGUGUUUAUUUUUUAUUAGUUUUUAUUCUAAAAUUUAAACUUUUUCUACUUUAAAUCUUUAUUUAGGUUAGUAAAAUCAGAUAAAGAAUAAAUAUCUAUAUUUUUAUAACAAAUUAUAUUAAUAAUUAAAUACAAAUCAAUUAAGUAAAUUAAUUAUAAAUGGUUAAAUAAUAAGGAGAAUCAGACGUAGAAAAUUAGUCACAAAUCGAAAAUAAACCUAUUACUAAAAAAGAACCAAAAAAACCUAAAAUCAAAAAAGAACCUAAAUAAAAUGCAGAAAAAGCGGAAGAUAAAAAAGAGAAGUCAAAUGCUGGUAGACCUAAAAAAAAUGAAGUUAGCUUAGAGUAGUUAGACUUUUCAUAUUCAACAACUAGCUACAAUAUAUCUGCAUUUUCAGUAGAAUUUAGAUAGAGAGUGAUGUGCUAUGGAAACAAAAAAGAUAAUGAUACUGAUCCUUAAGCUAAGUAUCAAUUUAAUGAGCAGUUUUCUAAGUUCGGAAAAAAAAAUAAUAAAUCAUAUUUCACCAAAGAAACUUUAGACGAUUUAAAGAACAGAAUUGACUCUAAAUUAAAUGAAUAAGACUUUACAAAACAUAAAUUAUAUAAUUUUUGUGAAAAUAUCAAGCUAUAAACUGAUGAAUAUUAUGAAAGCCCAGAAUAAAAAUAUUUAGAACACUAAGUUUUUGAUUAAUUAUUAGAAAAAAUAGCCUCAUAAGAUGAUUACAAAUUUAACAAGGAUGAUUUUUAAAAUAUUGAUUAAUGCAAAGUUAUUUUACCAUUUUUUUGGUAAAUAUUGGCUCAGAUUAUGAUUUGUGAAAAAAAUAACGAAAUAUAUCCUUAAUUUUUAGAACUAUUAGACUGA